UCUGUCCAGGAGAAAUGCUGGAUUUCUAUACUGCAAGUCCUUGUAUGCUCCAGGAACCAUCUCUAACCGCAUGCUUCACUGGACUAACAGAAACGGAUUGGCAAGUUCAUCGGAUCGCGCAAUGUAGGUGAAGCUUUAUUUUUAUUUGGUCUAUUUGAGGAUUUAAGUAAUUUUCCCUCAGUUGCCCACUGUUUUACUCUACACUAAAUCUAAAUAUUUGUUGUGAUCAUGUUACACGAGGAAAGACUGAACGUGGGACUUGACUUGAUUCACCCAGUUGUAUCUUCUCCUCACACCUUUUAUGUAAUAUUUAUAAUAUAGCCUAUUCCUGUGUCAGUUGUUCGUACAUUGUAGCCUAAACUGUUCCCUGUGCAGUCCUGUAUCAUUGCAUAUUUAAUCCAAAGACAAUGUAAACAUAUUUAUUUAGGUCAUGUUGUAUGUAGGCUACCAUCUUUUUUUCAAGAUGUAGUUCGAUGGCAUUGUUCAUGUAUCUUUCUGAAUAUGUAGUUGAUGGCAUAUCUAGUUCAGAUGAACUAAAAUUAUAAUAUUAUUUCAGAUAUAGGGCCUACAUCAAAUUCAAUAUAGAGGCCUGCACAGUCAAAUCAAACUUAAACAAAAAAUUACUCACAACAGCAUUUAUGUAGGCCUACACGUUCACGUUUAUGUUAAAGGUGCAAUCUGCAAUAUUUACUGUUUUUUUUGGUCAUUUCAAUUAAUGAUACCCAUUGAAUCUUGAAGAAAAACUUAUAAAUGCCCGAAAGCGUUUAGUACAAGUGUAUUACACCACUGUAAGUCGCUCUGGAUAAGAGCGUCUGCUAAAUGACUAAAAAUGUAAAUGUAUAUGUAAAUAAGCCAAAAUAUAAGGUUGCUUUUUGAUUUUACUCCGUUGUUUGUAAAUAAUGCCUUUGUAAACAAUGUAUAGCUUCAAAAUAUGUUUCAAACUAUAAUGUUGAUAUAACUGUCAGUCCUUGCAUCCAUAGCUUCAUUGAUAAUUGGAGAGUGGUUACAUUUCUCAAGCCCCAUCCCUCAGCUUUAUAGCAAACCAAGUGACAGGGCUGCCAUUUGGCUGAAAAGGGAAGGACUGAUUGUGCCUUUAUAGCAUGGGAAUAGGGUCAAUAUUGUUGUUAUUUUACCUGUGCACAUUGUUUGCUUUGUUGCAACUGAUGAUUGCAUUAAUUUAGUAUUGGUAAGCCUACCUUCUAGUUUAUGGAAUGAAUUCACCGUUGUGCAAUCAAUCAGUAUACUUACUUGUUAUCCUAAUCAAUAAUACAUGGAUUAUUACUGUGAACCCAUUGAUAAUGAAUUGGCCAUCAAAUCUGCACUCUUAUUUGACUUAUCACACCUCUGUUGUCGCCCUACUACACUCACUGUCCCUCUUCAACUAGUUGUUGACAUUUACAGAUCAGAUUAGGAAGUCAAAUUCCAUUAAGAUACCUUUGGUUUCCUCUAUUUGCUGAUAGAUCUAGCUGUCUCUUUGGAGGUUUUUAUUUAGCCUAACACCAGGGCUUCACAGGACAUUAUGUUCCUUAUAUUUUCUGCGAUAUCAAAGCCAAAGCCUAUUACAAAAUUAGACCUUCUCUGGCAGCGCUCAGUUUGGAGAUGGAGGAGCAUCUCAACCGAAGCCAGUGCUCAGGACGGUCACUGGGUUUCACCGAGGGUUCAUUGGACGGUCACCAACAAGAGGUCAGACAAGACCCAGACUGCUUGGCUUGUCUCCCCCACAGCAAAGUAGUUGUUGGGAAACUCUGCAAGCAAAGCCUAAUAAUAUAUUUACCUCAUUCAUCACUUAGGCUAUUUUAUGAGCACAUUAAUGUUGUAUGCGCCAGCGAUGACUACCAAAUAACUAUAAUUGCUGUUCCUGCUUACAAGUGUAAUAUUAAGGGUGUUUGGAUCUCACUGAGCAAUUGGCCUCAUGGUGAGUAGCCUACUCACAACCACAGAAAUUCCCUCACUACAGAUUGUCUUUACUUUCAGCAUCUAGCCCCAAAAGUCCCCCAAAAGACCUCAGUGAUAGUGUGAUAGCAUUGUGAUAGCAUUGUGAUAGCGUGCAGAGAAAGUGACUUUUCUUUGACAUAGUGUAAGCAGAUCGUGGCAAAACAUUACUCUUUACCAGUUUCUCUCCUAAAUGUGGGUGAGCACCUCCCUCCCCCUCCAAACCACGUAGGCUAGUAUAAGAUUCCACUGCUUCAUCAGUCAGUUGAUCUUCUGGCAUGCUCCACCAUUGUUUUGCAGUGGAGAGAAUACUUGCUAAUGGGUGUGUUCUGUUGUUUGACCCGGCAGGGGUAGGUUCAACUGGAGGCCAUGGGUUCAAGGGGAUGGAUAUAAGGAUUUUCUUUAUUUUUGUCCCCUACAUUUGGCUUUUUUAGUUAUCUGUCACUGGCCCUAUGUGCUUUAAUGGUGGAGGUGAUAAAAAGCCAGCAGGGAUGCUUGUACUGUCGCAGUGGGGGCUCUCUAUAAAACUGAAGCGAUGUCUUAAGAGUGUCUGUUGUCGUCUUUUUCCCAUAAAGUAUGGCAUUGGAAUAGUAUGACUGUAUCUCGCCUCUUCUUCACCCUUGCACUCUCUGGGAAAAGGACGACUCAGAAAUCUUAAAAGAAAAUGUAUAAAAUUGUUUUACCUGAGCAUUAUCUCAGUCAGAUAUGCCUAUCAACACAAGGCCUCAACAUGUCCCCAGGAACACAAGUGGACUUGGCACUGUGGGCUGAUAUGACCUGUGUUUUCAACUCAUCUACAGUACAUUUGUGAAUCCUUUUCCAUAUAAAAAAAAACAAAAAACUGAUUGAAUACUAUGUUGCGUAGUCACUUUGUAGAAUGUUUACUGACCAUAGAAAUAACUGUUGGUCUUCGAAUAAAAGAGGAGGCCCAAGGACAUAUUGCAAUUAGUUUGAUGUUUCAACCGUUUUUCGGGAUCAAAUACUGUUUUACUUCAACACAUUACUGUUUGAAGAACAUUAAGCUACAUAAAUUCGAUGUAUGACUGCGUUUUCAGCAGCUGCAUUGGAGUUUUCUCCCUCUCCCAGCAUUGUCCUAAUAUCACUUUCCUCUCCUCCUCGUCUUCACGGUAGAGAUUUUUGUGAAUUAAAGUGACAGAAAAAUGAUGAAAAUCCAGUCACAUCUUAUGAUAGAAAGACGAUAAGGAAAGGAAGCCAUUUCAGAGUGUAUGCAGUGGAAGCCCUCAUCUCACUCCCAACACUCAGUGCCCGUCUUUCUUCCCAGAGCCUCAUCAUCCCUCUCUCCGUCCCUCUCUCCGUCCCUCUCUCCAUCCUGUGUGUCAGCAGCUGUGGAAACCCAGAGCUCCAGCUCAGAGGACCUGUUCGCCAGUCCUCUCUCACCUCCGCCCCCUCCCCGCACCUACAAACCCUGCUUUGUGUGCCAAGACAAGUCCUCAGGCUACCACUAUGGCGUCAGUGCUUGUGAGGGCUGUAAGGUAAGGGACCAGACUGAUCAUGUACAUAUCGCAAAACCCAUCUGACUGCUCAAACCAUGAAUAAUUCCACUUGUAUUUCUUCAACGGUUUUAACGUAUUCAGCAUUUCUACUUUGGAGUUCAAUCCAAUAUCUAAUUUACCUGUGAUAUGGAUAUGUAAAGCGAGAAACUGCAACAAGCACCACACACACAAUUCCCACUAUUCUCUGGGGUUCUCAAAUGUCCCCCAUCUACCACCCUUUAAUGGUCCAUGGCAGUGAGCUAUAGUGAGUAGGUGUUAACACAAUUGUUAAUGACAGCUACGCCGAUUGGCCCUCCGCUGUAGCUGAAUGCUCGGGCAACUAAGGCUCCACAAAGAGAAGGUAAAUCAUUGAUGGGCAGCACAGCAAACAAGACCAAGAGCGUAGAGGAGACCAUGACUACAGAUUACAUUCUCUCCUCCUCAUCUUUCAGAACAAGAUGAAAGGCAAUGAUCCUAAUUAUAGAUUAAGUGUGAGAUCACAUCUGUGUUAGAGAUGAGAAGUGGCAUUAGUUACAGAGUUGACUCUGUGACUGUUUAAUGCAGGAAGUGAGCAUGGAGCUUAUCUCUCUUAUCACCUUCACAAGCCUGCCUGGAGGGGGACCUCAUAUAAGGAUCUGCAUGAAAGAGAUUUGUCGAUUGUUCGUUUUCUCAACGCGUUGAAAGUGGAAAUGGAAAAAAGUAAAAAUUGCAUUCUUUAGAAAUAUCAGUUGGUGUCUGUUGAUACAUGUAUUGAUCUGACCUGGCAUAUCUAUUUAGAUGUUCAAAUUAAAAAUAUUUUUACUCUAGAAGAAAGGUAGCUUGUAGAUUUUUUGAUUUUUUUUUUUACUCCUGUAGCCCAGAAGUAACCCAAUUUACAGGACAACUAUGUAACGUUACCCAACCUACAGUAUUUAACCCUAAAUAGUAGAUUCAAGGCCACUAGGGACUGUUUGGCUGCCGUGUUUACCCAGAGCAAACACUAGUAUCACUAAAGGGCCUGAAUCUUGGCCCUGAUAAACAGCUCAUGUGUCGGGAUCAGACAGCAUCAGUCAAUACUAUUGACAGACUAUGGACAGGACACCGCUUCAGACACAACACGUGUGGUGUUACCCUGCUACACCCUAUACUAUUGACGUGUUUCACAACAUGAUUCUGGUUGCAUUUGGUCUGUUGUUUUUUCUUUCUAUAAUUUCAUUGUGAUUGUGUGAUAACAGUAAUUCAUUAUAAAUGAAGUAAUUAAAAGUAGUUUCUUUUCUUUGCAUAUGGAAAACACAUGUUGAUGUUAAAUGGAUACUUUGGGAUUUUGGCAAUGAGGCCCUUUAUUUACUUCCCCAGAGUCAGAUUAAAUCGUGGAUACCAUUUUUAUUUCAAAAUUCCGAAGUAUCCCUUUAAUAUCAUAAUUUAAGAAUGAUAUAUGUAUUCAGAUGGUGAUGUAAUAACUACGCCACCUCCAAAGUCAUUAGAGCUCCUUUCAGAUAUCUAUAGAAUGUUAACUUCUGGUUGCUUCUCUAUUUAAAACAUAUUAUUAUCCUUUCCAUUGGUGCCUCCCAGGGUUUCUUCCGUAGAAGUGUCCAGAAGAACAUGGUUUACACGUGCCACCGGGACAAGAACUGCAUCAUCAAUAAGAUCACCAGGAACCGCUGUCAGUACUGCCGGCUACAGAGGUGCUUCGCCGCGGGCAUGUCCAAGGAGUGUAAGUGUCAAUAAUAUUUCAGAAUGUCUCCAUUCAACCACUGAAGAGCAACAUUUGUAAACAUCGCCCAACUCCUCUGUAAUACACCCCAAAACGGCAAAACACUGCUAUACAACAUUCCCAAACGGUCUCAUAAAACUCUUACUCAAAAUACUCAGUGCCUUCAGAAAGUAUUCACACCCCUUGAAUUUUUCCACAUUUUGGUGUGUUACAAAGUGGGAUUAAAAUGGAUUGUGACAAUAUGUAACUUUUUGGGCGACCUGACCAAAUUCACAUAAAAAUGUGUAUUAUAGAUCUAUCAUUCUACUUGAAAGCAAGUCUAAGAAGUGGUAGAUCUGUUCUAUGUGCGCUAUUUCUAUGCUUCCCGUUCUUAAGUUUUUUGUUUGUGCGUCUUUUACUUUCGGUUUUGUACACCAGCUUCAAACAGCUGAACCUAAAAUAUUUUUGAUUAUGGAAAAUAUAUUUCACAGCGGUUUAGAUGGUACAUUGAUUCUCUACACUAUACUAUCUUAUUUUGUCACAUAAACUGAAAGUAAGCGAACUAUUAGAGUUCUAGCAACCAGGAAAUGGCGGAGCGAUUUCUGCAUUGUGCAACUUAAAUUGUGCAACUUAAAAUACUGUGAAAUGUCAAAGUGGAAGAAAUGUUUUACUUUUUUUUACUUAAUGGAAAAUAAAACGCUCUUAUAUUUUGAUUAGAUAAGUAUUCAACACCCUGAGUCAAUACAUGUUAGAGUCACCUUAGUCUUUCUGGGUAAUUUGACUUAAAUCGGCUUGAAAAUCUAUGGCAAGACUUGAAAAUGUCCGUCUAGCAAUGAUCAACAUCCAACUUGACAGAGCUUGAAGAAUUUUAAAAAGAAUAAUAUGCAAAUAUUGUACAAUACAGGUUUGCAAAGCUCUUAGAGACUGUUUUGGAAUAUUUUUUAUUCUGUACAGGUUUCCUUCUUUUCACUCUGUCAUUUAGGUUAGUAUUUUGGAGUAACUACAAUGUUGUUGAUCCAUCCUCAGUUUUCUCCUAUCAGAGCCAUUUAACUCUGUAACUAGUUUAAAAUCCCCAUUAGCCUCAUGGUGAAAUCCCUGAGUGGUUUCCUUCCUCUCCGUGAACUCCGUCAAGGACGCCUGUAUCUUUGCAGUGACUGGGUGUAUUGAUACACCAUCCAAAGUGUAAUGAAUAACUUCAAAGGGAUAUUCAAUCUCUGCUUUUUUUUACCCAUCUACCAAUAGAUGCUCUUCUUUGCAAGGCAUUGGAAAACUUCCCUGGUCUUUGUCGUUGAAUCUGUGCUUGACAUUCACUGCUCAACUAAGGGACCUUACAGAUUAUUGUAUGUAUUGGGUAAAGAGAUGGUGUAGUCAUUCAAAAAUCAUGUUAAACACCAUUAUUGCACACAGAGUUAGUUUUAACUCAACAAAAUGUGGAAAACGUCAAAGGGUGUGAAUACUUUCUGAAAGCACUGUAACUAAAAACCUGUCCGAAAUGUUUUCCAAGAAAACUAAUUCCACCUCUGCUGUCCAACACAUGAAAGCACUUCAAACACCAUUGUCCAGAAGGCCACUGACCCAGAUACAAUCUCUGUUGUGGGUAGGGGGAUGGUGUCAUGGUGAUGGAUGCCUACCAAUGUCAUUCAUCCCUUCUACCCAGCAUGUCAGCAUUACAUAAAUCCAUCAGCACAUGUAUCAGCCUUGUGGCCUUGUGGCUGGUAUGGAACGGCUACUACUACUACCAUUGUCACUGAUUGGUGUGUAAUGCAGCCCAGAGUGAAGUGUUUACACAAUGAUUACAGGAAGUAGGGCAGAGUAGACUAUCCAUUGACUGCACAGAUCAGUCUGAUGCAUGAGACCAGUUGCAUAAGAUGGAUCUCUCCCUGAGAUCUAGCUCAGUAGAAUGAGUGGCCUGUGUUGAAAACCAAUGGUUGAAGUACGUUUACAUGAUUUAUAGAUCAGUUGGAAGGUAACAUUAUUAUUUUUACAUUACUUACACACUCAUUGGUAAAUGUGCAUGGCUUGUUUAGAAAAAUAUGGUAAUUUAACAGACUCUUUACUGUUAACACCUACUAUAUACAGUGAGGGAAAAAAGUAUUUGAUCCCCUGCUGAUUUUGUACGUUUGCCCACUGGCAAAGAAAUGAUCAGUCUAUAAUUUUAAUAGUAGGUUUAUUUGAACAGUGAGAGACAGAAUAACAACAACAAAAUCCAGAACAAUGCUUGUCAAAAAUGUUAUAAAUUGAUUUGCAUUUUAAUGAGGGAAAUAAGUAUUUGACCCCCCUCUCAAUCAGAAAGAUUUCUGGCUCCCAGGUGUCUUUUAUACAGGUAACGAGCUGAGAUUAGGAGCACACUCUUAAAGGGAGUCCUUCAAUUUCUCAGCUUGUUACCUGUAUAAAAGACACCUGUCCACAGAAGCAAUCAAUCAAUGUAUAAAAGACACCUGUCCACAGAAGCAAUCAAUCAAUCAGAUUCCAAACUCUCCACCAUGGCCAAGACCAAAGAGCUCUCCAAGGAUGUCAGGAACAAGAUUGUAGACCUACACAAAGCUGGAAUGGGCUACAAGACCAUUGCCAAGCAGCUUGGUGAGAAGGUGACAACAGUUGGUGCGAUUAUUCGCAAAUGGAAGAAACACAAAAUAACUGUUAAUCUCCCUCGGCCUUGGGCUCCAUGCAAGAUCUCACCUCGUGGAGUUGCAAUGAUCAUGAGAACGGUGAGGAAUCAGCCCAGAACUACACGGGAGAAUCUUGUCAAUGAUCUCAAGGCAGCUGGGACCAUAGUCACCAAGAAAACAAUUGGUAACACACUACGCCGUGAAGGACUGAAAUCCUGCAGCGCCCGCAAGGUCCCCCUGCUCAAGAAAGCACAUAUACAGGCCCGUCUGAAGUUUGCCAAUGAACAUCUGAAUGAUUCAGAGGAGAACUGGGUGAAAGUGUUGUGGUCAGAUGAGACCAAAAUCGAGCUCUUUGGCUUCAACUCAACUCGCCGUGUUUGGAGGAGGAGGAAUGCUGCCGAUGACCCCAAGAACACCAUCCCCACCGUCAAACAUGGAGGUGGAAACAUUAUGCUUUGGGGGUGUUUUUCUGCUAAGGGGACAGGACAACUUCACCGCAUCAAAGGGAGGAUGGAUGGGGCCAUGUACCGUCAAAUCUUGGGUGAGAACCUCCUUCCCUCAGCCAGGGCAUUGAAAAUGGGUCGUGGAUGGGUAUUCCAGCAUGACAAUGACCCAAAACACACGGCCAAGGCAACAAAGGAGUGGCUCAAGAAGAAGCACAUUAAGGUCCUGGAGUGGCCUAUCCAGUCUCCAGACCUUAAUCCCAUAGAAAAUAUGUGGAGGGAGCUGAAGGUUUGAGUUGCCAAAUGUCAGCCUUGAAACCUUAAUGACUUGGAGAAGAUCUGCAAAAAGGAGUGGGACAAAAUCCCUCCUGAGAUGUGUGCAAACCUGGUGGCCAACUACAAGAAACAUCUGACCUCUGUGAUUGCCAACAAGGGUUUUGCCACCAAGUACUAAGUCAUGUUUUGCAGAGGGGUCAAAUACUUAUUUCCCUCAUUAAAAUGCAAAUCAAUUUAUAACAUUUUUGACAUGCGUUUUUCUGGAUUUCUUUGUUAUUAUUCUGUCUCUCACUGUUCAAAUAAACCUACCAUUAAAAUUAUAGACUGAUCAUGUCUUUGUCAGUGGGCAAACGUACAAAAUCAGCAGGGGAUCAAAUACUUUUUUCCCUCACUGUAUUCUGCAGCUGUUGCCCACAAGGGAAAUCACACCAGAAGUAUUGUGUUACAAGCACCAUGAUCUAACCAACUUAGCUAUUGCAACCAAUUCAAUUUCUUUUUUUUUCUUGAGUUAGCUCCGUUCAUAUUUCAUCCUCUCUUCCCAGCUGUCAGGAAUGACCGGAGCAAGAGGAAGGAGAAGAAGGAGACUCCCAAGAUGACCAUCAUGGAGACAUAUGAGCUGACAGCAGAACUGGGCUGUGUAGUGGAGAACAUCUGUAGGGCUCAUAGAGAGACCUUCCCUUCCCUCUGCCAGCUGGGCAAAUACACUACAGUGAGUAACAACCACUGCCAUGUUAGCACCAUAUAUAUAUAUUACAUGUAUCAUGGAUAGUGUUCCAUUUAAUUAUGUGGGUAGCCCUGUCUCUGUUGAGGCUCAGAAACACUAUCCCUGUACCAUAAUCCAUUAAUCUAAAUGGAUCAUACUGGUUGUAUUGUUGAGAUAAUACUCAGAACGAAUUGCUCUUUCUCUCUCCCUUUCUCUCUCUAUUUCUCUUUUCCUUUCUUUCUUUUCUCUCUCUUCCUCCCAUCCCUCUUUCUCUGCCCCCUUCUCUCUCUCUCUCUCUCUCUCUCUCUCUCUCUCUCUCUCUCUCCCACCUAUUCUCUAUCUUUCACCUCUCCUUUACCCUUUCUCCCCCCUCCCCCUCUCUCUCUGUCCAUCUCUCUGUAGAACUCAAGCUCAGACACUAGGAUCCAGUUGGACCUGGGGCUGUGGGAUAAGUUCAGUGAGCUGGCCACCAAAUGUAUCAUCAAGGUUGUGGAGUUUGCCAAACGGGUGCCUGGCUUCACCGGCCUGACCAUAACUGACCAGAUCACCCUCCUCAAAGCAGCCUGUCUGGACAUUCUGGUGAGCGGUGUGUGUGUGUGUGUGUACUGUACGUUUGUGUGUGUAUACUGUAUGUGUGAGGGGAUGUAUGUGUGUGUGUGUGUGUAUGUGUGUGUAUACUGUAUGCGUGAGGGGAUGUGUGUGUGUGUGUGUGUGUGUGUGUGUGUGUACACUGUACGUUUGUGUGUGUAUACUGUAUGCGUGAGGGGAUGUGUAUGUGUGUGUGUGUGUGUGUGUGUGCGUGUGCGUGUGCGUGUGUGUGUGUGUGUCCACAUCAUCAUCUCCAAAGCACAUCUCGCACCUCAUCAACUGGCCCGUGUGGAGUUAGAAGGGUUCACUCACAGUGUGCUGUUUGGUGCAGACACUAUGGAUCUGCCGUUACAUUGUCUCAGCAUACGUUUGUGCUGAAGACAGACACGGUGGUGGUGGGUUCAGACAGAGUGUUACUGCUGAAGACAGACACGGUGGUGGUGGGUUCAGACAGAGUGUUACUGCUGAAGACAGGCACGGUGGUGGUGGGUUCAGACAGAGUGUUACUGUUUUAUUCUCUUUUAUCUCCCCAUCUCUUCUGGUUUUCAUUGUCAACUCUGUCUUUCUCCAGCACCAUCAAAGGUUGGUGGAUUCUCACUAGCUGCACAAUGGUGAUUCACUCACGGCUCUAUUUUCUCUAUGGGAGCUCCUUAAUCUGAAAUCAAAGUGUUAUCAUGUUUAUUUUACAUUACUGAGGUGGUUUCUAAUGAGGUGUGUAGGGUCAAUUACUGUGCAAAAUGUAUGGUGAUUUGUGUCGUUUGUGAAACUUGACUCAGUGCCUUGUUGUGAUGUAGCAUUAUUUAUGCUCUGACGGGUUUUUAAAAUAGUUUUGGAAGUUCUCACUCUUGAUCUGUCUAUCUCUUUCUCAAUAUCUCUCUCUCCCUCUAUCUCUUUUUUCUUAUGCAGACUCUUUCAUUUACGUUGAUGUUUUACCUCUAUACUUCUCUUUCUCUCUCUCUUUCUCUCUCGUUUUCUCUUUGCCUGAACUGUCUUUCAUGUCUUUUAAUUUCCAUCCCCCUCUUCUUGAACCUGCAUCUCACCAUUGCCUUUUUCUAUACUGAGCCACCCCUUAUGUCCCCUCUGUCUCCCUGUAGAUUCUGCGGAUCUGUACGAGGUACACACCUGACCAGGACACUAUGACCUUCUCAGACGGGCUGACCCUGACCCGUACACAGAUCCACAACGCUGGCUUUGGCCCACUCACAGACCAGGUGUUCACCUUCGCCGGCCAGCUGCUGCCCUUGGAGAUGGAUGACACAGAAAGUGGCCUCCUCAGUGCCAUCUGCCUGGUGUCUGGAGGUACUGCAACUAGCCAUAGCUUCAGUUCGGGCAGAAUGUUUUAUAUGGAACAUGAACUAUCUUUUUUUUUGUUUUAUGAAUGGAUGUACUUUUAGUACAUUUAUUUACAAAUAUUUACUCCAUUAAAUUAACCUUGUUGUCGUUUUUGUGUGUAGAAGUUUCCGUGGGUGUAGUUAAAUAAUACAUAUAGCCCAUGUAGAGGAGUCACACAAACAAAAUAGAUAUAUGAGCUGUAUUAGCUGUAGAUGAAUUAUGUGUAGGUCUCACACUGACAGUGUCUCUCCUGUGUCAGAUCGGCAGGAUCUGGAGGAGCCGUCUAAGGUGGAAGUCCUGCAGGAGCCCUUACUGGAGGCCUUGAAGAUCUACUCCCGUAAACGCCGGCCCAGCAUGCCCCUCAUGUUCCCUAAGGUCCUCAUGAAGAUCACUGACCUGCGCAGCAUCAGCGCCAAAGGUUAGAGGUCAACUCCCUAUCGGCCAUGACACUUACUUUGACCUUAACUACAAACCUCUAACCAACAGGCUUCAUGGCUUGGCAUCAUGACUGUUAUAACCUGGUGUUUAUGGCAUAUUGUGUUUUUACAACACCAGUGCACAUCCAACCACAUCCAAGGAUGUAAUAAUAAUAAUAAUAAUAAUAAUAAAAAUAAAAAAAUUAUAAAAAAAUUAAUUUAUAUAUAUAUAUAUAUAUAUAUAUAUAAAACAAAUGAAAAUUAAAAACACUAAAAAAAAAAAACUAAAAAAAAACAAUAUAUAUAUAUAUAUUUUUUUUUACAUUUGAAAGAAAUUCCACAAAAAUAAAAUAAAAAUAAAAAUAAUUGGAAAGUGGUUGUCCCACUGGCUAUCAUAAGGUGAAUGCACCAAUUUGUAAGUCGCUCUGGAUAAGAGCGUCUGCUAAAUGACGUAAAUGUAAAUGUAAAUGUAAGACAUGCUGGGUGGAGGUGGGUUAAAUAGGAGAAAAUAAAGGAAAUCUGCCUCUGAUUAGAGUGAUAUAGUUAAGAGACACUUCUACUACUCUAGAAAGUCUAAUUGACAUUUUCUCUUCUAAUUCCACAGGAGCUGAACGUGUGGUGACGUUGAAGAUGGAGAUCCCAGGUUCCAUGCCUCCUCUGAUCCAGGAGAUGCUGGAGGAGAUGGAGAACCUGGAGAAGCAGAAGCAGUCUGAGGAGGAGCAGAGAGCAGACAAGAACAUCACCCACACCAUGUCCACACAGUAAAUAGACACUGGCCUGUUUGCCUGAAAACCUUACAAGAAAAAUAUACCUCCAAUGGGAUGUCCCAGAAAGGAAAUUAUGAGGAUGGUCAAAUGUGAACAAUACCAGUGAACAGUGUAUUCAGGGUUGAAUAUGUAAAGGGAAUUGUAAAUAGAAUCAUGUUACAGUACUUAGUUACUCAUAACUGGAUGUGACUGGAGAUAUAACAGGACUAGCCUGUGUGUUGGACAGUAUCAUAAGGUGCUCAGAAGGUGGUUUAAAUACAUACAGUGCAUUGCAGUACUAGAGAGUAGCUUAACGUAUUAACCUCACACAGAGCCUUUCUAUACGGAUGGGAGUGGAGAUUCAUGUGAAUUGUGAAUAGACAUUCCAUUGUGGUGCAACACAGGGGCAAAGCAUGACAAUUUGCAUUAUAUGUAUUCAGUUUAACUCUCGAAAAGGAUGCAUUUUUCGGAGGUCAUUACUGGGUGUGUGUAGGUCACAAAUGUAUGAGAUUUUAAAACAGCAGAACUGGGCUGUUUCCAUUAUUUCAAGUCUUGCAUGAUUGGCUUUGUUAAGUAAGUGCUAUUACUCUCAUCAUGUCAACAUAUAUUCUACAUACCAUUGUAUGGCUAUGUUUCUCUCUAUGAUGAAUGUCAUGGUGCAUUUUUGUGAUAUUGAUUAUGAUCAUAUUUCAGAUAGUUAUUGGUC